AUGCUCGAGGAUCAGUUGAUGGAGCCGUCGGGUUUGGAGUUUCCGGUCCUACAGGCUGCCGUAGAUCAGUCGCCUUCGCAAGCCCGACCCAUCACGGCCACAACGACGCUUGGUGAUGAGUUGCGGUUGCUGUCGCUCGAAGCUGCGGCAGAACGGCACUUGGGAUCUGCUUCGGGGAUAUCGUUUGCCAAGUUGACGCAGGCGGUGCUGAGGAGGCUCACGCCGGACCGUGCUGAUUUCGUGUUCCACAAGGAGCUUGAGGUCGAGUCCACGCAGCAACUUCUUUAUGGAUCUCCUGUUGAUUUGCUCGGGUCGUCCUUGUACCACGGCUUUGACAGCUCGACUGCAUUUCAUCACCCCUUCUUCUGCGGCAUAACAUUAUCCGAUAUCACAGAUCCACAACCAUCCCUUGUGGAUGUUCAGCUACCGCCGCAGAGUCACCUGCAGCACCUGGUGGACUUUUACUUUGCGCACUCUCACACGCUGUACCCAAUUGUGCGACGGCGCGAGUUUGAAGAGACGCUGGGCACGAUACUGAGUAACCCUCAGGAUCCGGCGGCGCAGUCGCCGUUGUGGCUAUUUAGGCUAUGGAUGAUACUGGCAAUUGGGUCAACCACGUACUGCUCGGUUGCCCUGUGUGAAGAGUCUGAAUCGAUGCUGUACUACAACAAGGCGCUAGGUUAUAUGGAGGAUGCUCUUGGGUAUGGCGACAUGGUCGCACUGGAGGUCAUCAUGCUCCAGGUAUCAUACUCCUUCUUCAACCAGCUCGGACCAAGCCUUGCCGCGAGGUUAUCGGUCGGCAUGGGUUUGCAUACAUCGUCGUCAUACGACACGCUUCCUGUCGAUGUUGCCGAGCAUCGGAAGCGUGUCUUUUAUUCAGUGUACAUGAUGGAUCGAGUCGUAUCAACAGCACUCGGACGACCUUUUGCCUUGCACGACGAUGACAUAGAUGUCGAGCCCUUUGCCGACGCCGACGACGAAGACAUCGAUGCCACAGGCAUUCGCCAGCGUAACCCCCUUCAGCCCUCCACCAUGGCAGUCCCCCUCCACCUCCUCCGCCUGCGCCAACUGUCGAGCAAGAUCGUUAAAUCCGUUUACUCUAACAAACGCAACGCCAACAUGCCCAUCUCCGAGCGCGAAGCCAUCAUCUACUCCCUCCACCGCGAACUGCUCGACUGGCGCCGCGGCAUGCCCUUCCCCUUGCCCGACACGCACCCGCAGGUGCCUCAUUUGAGUAGCAACUGGUAUGACUUUAACUACUAUAUGCAGGUCGCUAUGCUGUACCGCCCGUCGCCGCUCUUCCCGACGCUUGAUCAAGCCCGCGUUGAGACGCUGGGCGACGCCGCGGGCAAAGCGAUUCGAGAAGCCACCACGAUGCAUCGACAGCAGCGGUUUGCGUACAACUGGCUAAAUCUGCUGGCGCUCUUCACGUCGACGUUGUCACUGACGUAUGCGACGACGGCAAGGCCGGAAAACCUGGCGGUAGUUUUGAGAGAGAGCAAAGCGAUCGAGACGCUGCAGCUGGCGAUUGAGCUGUUUGAUACAUUGAGCGCAAAGUUCUCGGCGGCCAAGAAUAUCAGGAGGAUGAUUGAGGAGAUUGUGGCCCGGUACACGGAGAUUGACUCGCAAGCAUGA